AUGAUCUACGUCAAGGACGAUUGCUUUGCGUAUAGGAUGCCAAUGAAUUCAGAAGAAGAUUGGUAUGCGACAGGAAUUACUGGUAUGCAUAGAAAAUGCCGGAACGCAAAAUGUAGCGGGGCCGCUGACGAACUCAGGAAAUACCGGAUCAAGUGGUCGUUCACUGAGGAUGCUAGAACCCUUCAAGAUGAUAACAUUUCCACUUCGACUCCACGGAACUACAAGCCUUCUUCUUCGCCAACGCCCGUCACCUCCGCAAACGCGAAUGAAUACAGCGGACGAUAUCCAGCUUUGACUCCAUCCAGCUACAAGUCUUCCUCGACGCCAAUGCCAUCACAUCAGCACACUAGACCCACUGCAGCGGUCAACUAUAAAACUUCGACACCACCUCGUCAAACUACCGUCGUCAUACCCAACUGCUACAGGUAUUCCAUUGCAGUCGUUACUGUGGCCCCUCCGACACCACCUUUUUCUCCGCGUCUCUGUUUACAUUGUUCUCCCACCUCCAUUUUACCACUUGAUCCUCUCCUCUUCUCACGCCUUCCCCACUCUUUCUUCUUCUUUGUAUUAUUCUUCACCCCUCCAUCAUUCUCUUUAAUAUUUCUUUCUCCUACCUUCCUUCCUUCCUUUCUCUACUCUCUCUCCAGUUUACAACAGGGAAGUAGUGCAGACGUCUGCCAGGAUGUUAUGGCCAUGAAUUUAAGAAAUCUAUUCCAGGACUUUAAUCCUAGCCAGUUCCUGGUAUUCUCAAGUCUAUUAAUAUUUUCCACAUUAUUUGCCCUGCGACUUGAUGGAACCAUCCAAUGGAGUUAUUGGGUUGUCUUUCUUCCGAUAUGGUUAUGGAAGGUGAUGGUAGUGGCUGGGGCAUCUGUUGGCAGUUAUAUUUGGUGGCGUAAUCCACAGUAUAGAAUUGAAGGUGAUGGCUAUGUCCAAUACAAAGCAAUGGUAAUUUGUACUGGGAUGCAUUUACUCUUGCUCAUGUUUGAAAUUCUUGCCUGUGACAAUUUAGAAAGUCGGAAUCAUUCUUGGAUAUUGGUUUUUAUUCCACUUAUGUUCAUGUCUGUUGUAUCAAUUGGCAUCUGCAUUUGGGCUGUGAAAAAUGAAAGGUCUUUUGAGAUGGAACUGUUCUGUGCUGUUAACAUUCUCCAGUUCAUCUUCUUGGCACUGAAGUUGGAUAAAAUCAUACUUUGGAACUGGGUGAUUGUGUUCAUUCCAAUUUGGAUUGUAAUGUGUGUUGCAAUGAUUGGGGUCCUCUACCGAAUAAUUCUGACUAUAAUACUGAUGAAAUCACCAGAUCUGAUACCAGAACAGCGACGAGGAAAUCUUUCUUCAGCCAUUGGUUAUUCAUUUCUAGUGAUACCAUUGUUAAUUUUUGAGAUCUUACUUGCCAAUCGUCUUGAUGGUGAUCAUCACCUCAAAUAUGCAGCUAUCACUGUGCCUUUGUUGAUCUCUCUUCUCACCCUCAUCUGUAUGGCAUUUGGUUGUAAAGGAGGCAAUCACUGGUGGUUUGGUAUUCGAAAAGACUUUUGCCAGUUUCUGCUUGGAGUGUUUCCUCUACUACAAGAAUAUGGCAAUAUUAGUUAUUCAUUACAAAGCGAUGAAGCCGAUUCAGAUGAAAGUUCAUCUGGUAUUAGUAAAUUGGACACUUUGGGAAGUAAAGCAAGUGUUAUUGAAGAACAGCCUCGAAUAGUAGUGCCAAUUAUAUCGAUAGAGACUCCUGAUUGA